ACGACAUUCGUGCAACAUCCACUUUACUCGUCCGUGACCUCACAUUCGGUCUCGAAGCCCCAAGCAAGAUGCUGCGUCGUAGCUCCCAAGCGCUUCUGGCCACUGCGGCGCGCGCCUGCGCCCCUCGUGCGGCCCCGUCGGCUGCCACCGCCUUCCGCCUGCAGAUUUCGAGCUUCUCGACGAUCUACGACAACCACACGCCGUUCGAGGACAUCAACCGCCACCGCAGCGAUGCCGAGCAGCGAAUUGCCCAGGUGCCGGUUGUGGAGUUGGCUAGCAGCGUCGCAGUGUGCGACGGUGGUGGCGGCGCCCUGGGUCACCCGGUCGAGUACAUUCAGCUGGACACCCGCAAGCACAACACCCCGCAGACCUGCAAGUACUGCGGUGUGCGAUACAAGAUGAAGGAGGGCUACCACGCCGGACACUAAGGCGGCAGAUGUUGACUGAACAGGGAGAAGCAGGCUUUGAGCUGCUGCUGCGCUGAGGAAACGAUCAAGUAAAUACAAAGAAAAACACACGUGAAGAUUUGUUGCGUUCUGGUGGUGCAGGUACGACUGGACCAUGAUGCAUCUUUAUAAGCAGCGCCCUUAAGAUCGCCCCGGUACACAUAGCAAACUAGUAAACACUUGAAAACGCAGUUACUUAUUAUGCAAAACAGCAACUUACGAUGCUCGCGAUGAAGAAGACGAUGAGGUUGACAGCGCAU